AUGGGAACAUCAUUUGCAUUACCGCCAGGAAUUCAAGAUGAAUCUUUUGCGGAUUGCCAUGCGUGUGAUGGUGUCUUUCCGGAUAGCAGCAAUGUUCCGGUUGUAUUGACAGGAAUUAUGAUUCUGUGGUCAUAUGCAAAGGAAUUGCAAUGUUUUGCUUUAGUAUUGAUAGUGGGAUGUUUUAUAGAAACUGUAAAUUUUUUGGUGUGUUUAGUGCGUAACGCAGAAGGAAAUUGUUAUGCAUGA